UUGAGCAAAACAGUUGGUACGUGAGUUUGGAGUUGUGAGUAAGAGUUACGUAUCUUGGUCGGAUUAUCGCGUGUGAGGCGGAUUAACUCUAGAUAUAUUUCGCGCACUGCAAUUCGCAACUGAAAGAUAUCAUUGACCAUAUAUAUUCUCAGUGUUUAAUUUAUUUCCACUAAGGAACUCAAGUGCGUUGAGCUCGAAAGUGCAGUUAAUGAAAUAGUGCAUUCAAAAAGGAUAAAUAUCAUUCGGAAAGGAAUAGUGGUGCCUAAAAGACCUACUUUGGAAAUACAAAAGUGGAGUAACUCUUCAUAUUGAACAUUUAAAAUGAUAUGGUUCAUUCUUUUCUACGGCCUGAUACUUAUCAGCACCUCAUUUCAAGCGGGCGGUGAUGGACCACAAUUAGGAUUAAUCAAACAAUGGAACUUAAUUAACUAUAACUUUGAAUGGGAUGCGCCAGUCAACGAUAAAAACUUUUUUAAUGAUGAAAAUAUUGUUGCAACUGGCUUAGCUCUGUCCCCUGAUCGCAUUUUUGUAGCAACACCACGUCUUUUCUCUGGUGUUCCGGCCACUGUCAGUACAGUACAACGCGACCAGUUCGGUGACUCACCUGUGUUGCAGGCUUACCCGGAUUGGUCUUUCCACACCACAAGCUUGGGAAACUAUAAUUGCAGCGAACUUGGGUUAGUGUCCGUCUAUCGCCUUCGCAUUGACUCUUGUAAUCGGCUUUGGGCUCUGGAUGCUGGCGUUUCACGGUCAUUGGAAGAUUAUGAAAUUACAUGCCCACCGAAAAUCUUAAUUUUUGAUCUUGCAACAAAUCAAGUUGUCAGACGUAUUGAUUUCCCACGUGAAGUCCGACGAGGGGAAACUCUUUUUACCAAUUUAAUCGUUGAUGAAACCACAUCAAAACCAGAAAACAACUGCGAUGAUGUUUUUGUUUAUAUAAGCGACACUGUGGAACCAGCAAUCGUAGUCUACGAUAGUGCCCGUGACUUAACAUGGAGAUUGUCUCAUCCGUCUAUGUUCCCAGAUCCAGAUUUUGCCGAAUCUACAAUCGGAAAUGAUAAGUUCACUCUUAUGGAUGGAAUAGUAGGAUUAGGAUUUGAUGCUAAAGCAGGACUUGUAUAUUUCCAACCAUUGGCUACUGACCGUCUCUUCUCAAUUUCCACUGAAGCUCUACGCGCAGGACCCUUCCCAAGAAAUCAAGCUAUUCCAGUAAAACUAGUUGGUAGAAAAGCAUCUCAAGGUAUCGGAUUGACAGUAUCCCCUAUCGACGGAAGCGUCUACUUCAGCCCAUUGACUGAAACAGCUGUUGCAUCAUGGAACCCAGUUACCAGCGAGCAAAAGAUUUUGGCAUACGAUCCCGAAGCUCUCCAAUUUGUUGCCGAUAUGUCCCUCGCUGCCGAUGACCCAACUGGUAUUUAUGUGAUUUCAUCGAAAUUCCACCGAUAUUUCUUGAAGAACGUGAAUCGUGGCGAAAUCAACGUUCGAAUCUUGAGACUCUCAGCUGGCGGUUUAGGGCAGCCAGUGUUGUCAAGCUCAAAUCCAAUUUUCGGAGUCUCACAGGGACAAUACAAUCAGGCCGUCCGCCCGCCAGCACCAUAUUCGUUUGUUCCAUCAAAUGUUCAGAACCUGGGUGCUCCCGUUCGGUUUGCAGGAGCUGGAUACAGCAGCAAGGGUAUAACGAACCCCUUCCUUGCAAUCAACACUGGCAAACGAAUUAUUCAAACCACUGCAGUACCUAGUACAUCAUACGCCACUUUCAGCCGUCCAGCUUUUGGAACAGCCUACAAACAUGUUCAUCUUACAACACGUUCAUAAUUUCAUUUCAGAUUAAUUCAUUUUCAUUCAGUUUUACUUUUUCCAGAUUCUCCUUUACAAUUUGUGUUCUAAUAGAAAUAUGUAUAUUUUUAAAUGGAUUACAUGUAAAAAAUGAGAGAAUAUUUGUUCUAAAGAGAACAUUGCUCCCAGUAUGUUUGUUAAAUGCUACAAACCUAACUUUACAAACUCGAUACAUGUACAUAUAUAUUUCAAGAAAUAUUUUUUUGCACGAGAAUUUAUCGUUAGAAAAGUCCUAACACUUUUUUCUUCUAGACUUAUCACUGAGGUUUCCAUUAACAGAACAAUUUAGUGGUAGAUGUUAAAAUAGAUUGAUACUUCACAGUUAAUUUAACAACAAAUCAUCAAACUAGAAUACUCAAAACAUUGAAUCUGCCAUACAUGUGUAAUACGUAUGUUGUGCUUACUUAUUGAAGGUGCUUUACCACGAAACAUUCUUUACGUAAGUUUCAAACCCUGAAAUUAUUUAAAAUUGUAAAUGUAUAUAUUUUUGUAAUAUUAUAUUUUAUUUAUACA